AUUAUAUUUUACAGUUCAAUUUAUAAUUCCUUAUUCCUAAUGUCUUUAAAAAGUGCAGCAGAUGUUUUGAUGUCUGGUGUUCCCACACCUCACACAAAUGAGAACAACAAUGUCGGUCAGAGUGAAGUGGAUGCUCUCGGGUCAGGGGAAACACCAAGGAUAUACAGUUUACCUGAUGUAACAAAGAUGGCCUCAUCUGAAGUGGAAUGUUAUCAAAUGGAUCGUGAGAGUCGUGGCUUAGCUCUUAUCAUCAAUAAUGAAAAUUUCCACCAUGCAACUCGUAUGAAUAAGCGCUCGGGCACAGACGUUGACGCACGAAAUUUAUCUCGAAUUUUUAAGAAACUAGGGUUUGAUGUACAAGUAUACAAAGAUCUCAGUUGUAUUUCAAUGCUGGAGGUUAUUAACGAAGUUUCUACCAUGGACCACACUGGUAAUGAUUGUUGUUUUGUUGCGUUUCUAAGUCAUGGGGACGAUGGUUGUGUGUAUGGCACUGACGGUAUUGUUCAAAUUAAAAAGAUUGUUGAUCAAUUUCGCGGCGAUGUUUGUCCCUCGCUUGCUGGGAAACCAAAGAUAUUUUUAUUUCAGGCAUGCAGGGGCACUUUACAUGAAACAUCGGUUCAACUAUCAGUUGAUGUUGUUGAUGGUGAAGACCAACCUUGUGUGGAAGUGGAUGCAGCUCCUGUUCCAACUCUACCAUCUGGAUCCGAUUAUUUGUUCUGUUAUUCUGUAGCCGAAGGAUAUUACUCGCAUCGAGACACUUUGUAUGGCUCAUGGUUUAUACAAGAUUUCACUGAUGUGAUGGAACAAUUGGUGCUUAAUAAAGGCAAACAACAGGACAAAGUAGAUUUCAUUGACGUACUUACGGUCGUUAAUCGAAAAGUGUCGGCACGUCGCGUUGAGAGAUCAUAUUCCCAACAAGCACUUGGGAAGAAACAGAUGCCGUGUUAUCUAUCUAUGCUGACCAAGAAACUCUAUCUUACACCCAAGAAGUGAUUACACACACAUCGUAGAUAUUACACAAGCAUUACACUAAGUAUAUACAACAUGUAAUGUGAAGAACAGGUGUUCACAUUUGGUAUAUUCAUUAUUUUACAAUAAGGUGCAUUUUUAUUUAUAAAAAUUUUUACAAAGUUAAAAAACCUUUUUUACGUAACAGCAUUUUCACUUCAUCAGUGUUUCUAAAACUAGUGAUUCAAAUUAUAAACAUAACUUUUUGUAAACAUGAAGUCAAAUAUUUUAACUUUUACAACAACAGUCGAAACUCAAAAGGUUUGUGAACCACUUGUAGUAGGGCAAGGUGACCAAGCAAAUCAAACAUCGACCCACAUUUGGGUUGCUGGCAUAAUAAUCACUGACAUAAGCUAAUAUACAUCAUCAUACAAACUGUAGUUUAUUUUCAACAUAACAAAGCCCAUACCCCAAAUUUAUAAUAGUACUGUAUAUUACCUUUUAUGGAUAAUUAUUUUCUAGAUAUAGUAGGUUGGGGGAAGAUGGGACACCUUUUUAUUCUGUUUUCAGGUAGCUUUUAGUGGAAAAAACAAAAAAUAUUUAAAAAUUAUAAUACUGUUUCCUCACUACUCCCAUGGACGGUUGCUAUUUGUUUAAACCACCACGAGGAAUUUUAGAGUAUUAUGUGCUAAAGGUGUCCCAUCUUCCUUCGCCCUACUAUAUUAUAAUAACAAAUAGUGCAGAUGGUACUUUGUCGAUUUUAAAUGUUCAAAUAAAAAGGUGCAAAUAUUUUUCCACAUUACACUCUUUUUUUUUUCUAACAAAAUUAUUUACCACAUAUUAACUGGUACUUUUGAAUAUUUUCCUACUUCAUUUUUACCCUUGUGUUUGAAAGCAGGUUUCAUUCCGUAUUUGCAAUCCAUUUGUUUACUAUUGCACCCUUGUUAUUAUUAUGCAACGAAUAUUGUAUUUGUAAUAAAACAUGUCUGUAGUUA